UAUUUGCAAAUCGAUGGAACUCAAAGCCUAAACAAACAGGGACAAUGACCACAAGGUACAAAAUUCACAGUCUUAUUCACCAUCACAAACAUUAUCCUGCCACAGGACUCAAGAUGGCGCCAUUUCUCCUACUGGUGAUGGUGACAGUAUGUGCUGCUGUUCCUCAAGAUCUGUCAGGUAAAGUGUUCACCUUCCCACAAGAAACCAACACAGCUUAUGUGAGGCUGACUACAUCAAGACAGGAUUUCAGUGCUGUAACCGUCUGUCACAGGUCCUUUACAGACCUCAAAAGAGACCAUGCCCUUUUCUCUUUGGCCACACCCUCUCAUCAAAACGACAUUAUGAUAUACUGGGAAGAAACUAAUAAGCAAAUGCAGCCACAUAUCAGGAAUGCAAAGGUAGGAUAUGGUGGAUGGGACUACAAGCCAUACACAUGGCACUCUGUUUGUACCACAUGGGACUCUGCAUCUGGACUGGUGCAGCUGUGGUUUGAUGGACAACCUUCAACUCGGAGAUUCAUCAGCUCUGGAUCAAACAUUGGAGGAUCUCCUAUAAUUAUUUUAGGACAGGACCAAGAUACCCAUGGAGGUGGAUUUGACAGCAAACAGUCUUUCAUUGGCAUGAUGACUGAUGUCCACAUGUGGGACUAUGUCCUUUCUCCCUGUGAGAUCCACAACUAUGUGGAUGAACUAAACUUCAGUCCAGGGAAUGUGCUCAACUGGAGAGCACUGGACUUCCAGAUUACAGAAAGAGUGCUGGUAGAAGAGAAACAAAAAAUCUGUUAUUAAAAUCUAGAAAAAAGAAGAUCAAUGUCCUGUAAAUUCAAAAUAGAAAAAUUAAAAGCUGAAUAAAAAUAGAGUUAAAUUUGAUAAUUUGACAAAUUUUUGAUUUGUCUACGCUUUUCUUUUUACUUUUGUUGUUUAUGAGAUCAUUGCAAUUAUUUUUUUCUUAAAACUUUUCCAGCGAGUGUUAUACUCUCUAACCUUAUGGCCACAUGUUGCCCAGAAUUAGCUUAUUAUCCUCACUUGUAUUCAUAAUGUUAACAGACAUUAAUCCAGUCAAAGCAAAUGUUGCUAAGUGAAUUCAUCAUUUGUCAUUGCAAAGAAGUUUGUGAAACUGAAACAGGCUGAAGAUGAAAAAAAAGUUAAGAAUUAUUACACCAGUGUUGUUUGUAACGUUUCCAAAGAUAUUACUUUAUAGAUAUCACAAAUUCUGUAAUCUUUAUAACUUUCUACUUAAAGCCUCCUUUGGGAAUUAUAUAAUUGUUAAAUUCCUGUUUCCAGCGAUGUAAGCUCAGGUGUGUCUUUGCUCCCAUCUGUAGCAGAGAGGCUGUGACUGUGGGAUGCAAUUUGGGGAGGAGCGUGUUGCUCACUGCUUUUACUUUUGCUUGUUACCCCGCUGCUUACUUAAUUUCCCUGAGGGAGUCAUCCCAAGGGAUCAAUAAAGUCUAGUCUAAGUCUAA